AUGUGCAACAAGAUGGGGGAACAUGGAUUAAGGGGGAAUCUUGGAGGACAGGUUAUACUUAUCCUGACGAAGCUGUAUGACUUCAACCUGGGGAGCGUGACUGAGAGUUCACUUUGGAGAUCAACGGAUUAUGGCACCACCUAUGAAAAGCUGAAUGACAAAGUGGGUUUGAAGACUGUCCUCAGUUACCUCUACGUCAAUCCCACCAACAAAAAGAAGAUCAUGCUUCUUAGUGAUCCUGAAAUGGAGAGCAGCAUAUUGAUCAGCUCAGACGAAGGGGCAACCUAUCAGAAAUACCGCCUCACCUUCUAUAUCCAAAGUCUGCUCUUUCAUCCCAAGCAAGAGGACUGGGUGCUGGCCUACAGUCUGGAUCAAAAGCUCUACAGCUCGAUGGACUUUGGCAGACGGUGGCAACUCAUGCAUGAACGCAUCACACCCAACAGGUUUUACUGGUCGGUGGCAGGAUUGGAUAAGGAGUCAGACCUGGUGCACAUGGAGGUGCGGACAGCGGAUGGAUAUGCUCACUACCUCACCUGCAGGAUCCAGGAAUGCGCUGAGACAACUCGGAGUGGGCCCUUUGCCCGCUCCAUUGACAUCAGUUCCCUGGUCGUCCAGGAUGAGUAUAUCUUCAUUCAAGUAACAACUGCUGGAAGAGCCAGCUACUACGUGUCCUACAGACGAGAGGCCUUCGCUCAGAUAAAGCUUCCCAAGUACUCACUGCCAAAGGACAUGCACAUCAUCAGUACGGAUGAGAACCAAGUGUUUGCAGCAGUCCAAGAAUGGAACCAGAAUGACACAUACAACCUCUACAUCUCAGACACACGUGGGAUCUACUUCACCCUGGCCAUGGAGAACAUUAAGAGCAGUCGAGGUCUAAUGGGAAACAUCAUUAUUGAGUUGUAUGAGGUAGCAGGUAUCAAAGGGAUAUUCCUGGCAAACAAGAAGGUGGAUGACCAGGUGAAGACAUACAUCACUUACAACAAGGGCAGGGAUUGGCGCCUGCUGCAAGCUCCAGACGUGGACCUGAGAGGAAGCCCCAUACACUGCCUGCUGCCCUUCUGCUCCUUACACCUGCACUUGCAGAUCUCUGAAAAUCCGUAUUCCUCAGGAAGAAUCUCUAGCAAAGGGACGGCCCCAGGACUUGUGGUGGCUACAGGCAACAUUGGCCCGGAGCUCUCAUAUACUGAUAUCGGUGUGUUCAUCUCUUCCGAUGGGGGCAACACAUGGAGACAGAUCUUUGAUGAAGAGUACAAUGUCUGGUUCCUAGACUGGGGUGGCGCCCUCGUGGCCAUGAAACACACACCUCUGCCAGUCAGGCAUUUGUGGGUGAGUUUUGACGAGGGCCGCUCCUGGGACAAGUACAGUUUCACUUCGGUUCCUCUCUUUGUCGACGGGGCUCUGGUGGAGGCGGGAGUAGAGACCCAAAUCAUGACAGUUUUUGGCCACUUCAGCCUCCGUUCUGAAUGGCAGCUGGUGAAAGUGGACUACAAAUCUAUCUUCAGCCGGCUCUGCACCAAGGAGGACUAUCAGACCUGGCACCUGCUCAAUCAGGGGGAACCUUGCGUCAUGGGAGAAAGGAAAAUAUUCAAGAAACGCAAGCCAGGAGCUCAGUGUGCCCUGGGCCGGGACUCCUCGGGAACUGCUGUCUCAGAACCCUGUGUAUGUGCCGACUGGGACUUUGAGUGUGACUAUGGCUAUGAGAGACAUGGAGAGAGCCAGUGUGUCCCAGCUUUCUGGUACAAUCCAGCAUCCCCAUCAAAGGACUGCAGCCUUGGUCAAAGCUACCUUAACAGCACUGGGUACCGGCGGAUUGUAUCCAACAACUGCACAGAUGGGCUGAGAGAGAAAUACACUGCCAAGGCUCAGAUGUGCCCCGGAAAAGCCCCUCGGGGCCUCCACGUGGUGACCACCGAUGGACGCCUGGUGGCAGAGCAGGGGCACAAUGCGACCUUCAUCAUCCUCAUGGAGGAGGGUGAUCUCCAAAGAACAAACAUCCAGCUUGACUUUGGCGAUGGGAUUGCGGUGUCCUAUGCUAACUUCAGCCCCAUUGAGGAUGGCAUCAAGCAUGUGUACAAGAGUGCAGGUAUCUUCCAGGUGACAGCCUACGCGGAGAACAACCUGGGCUCAGACACAGCUGUCCUCUUCCUGCACGUGGUUUGUCCGGUGGAGCAUGUUCAUCUCCGGGUUCCAUUUGUUGCCAUAAGGAAGAAGGAGGUCAACAUCAGUGCAGUUGUGUGGCCCAGUCAGCUGGGGACCCUUACCUAUUUCUGGUGGUUCGGCAAUAGCACAAAGCCCCUCAUCACUUUGGACAGCAGCAUUUCCUUCACAUUCCUUGCAGAGGGAACCAACACCAUCACCGUCCAGGUGGCCGCUGGAAAUGCCCUUAUCCAGGACACAAAAGAUAUUGCAGUUCAUGAAUACUUCCAGUCCCAACUCUUAUCAUUCUCUCCUAAUCUGGACUUCCACAAUCCUGACAUUCCUGAGUGGAGGCAAGAUAUUGGCAAUGUCAUCAAGCGAGCUCUGGUUAAAGUAACCAGUGUCCCAGAAGACCAGAUCCUAGUUGCUGUGUUCCCUGGUCUCCCCACUUCAGCAGAACUCUUCAUCCUCCCCCCCAAGAACUUGACUGAAAGGAGGAAAGGCAAUGAAGGGGACCUGGAACAAAUUGUAGAGAUGCUGUUUAAUGCCCUAAACCAAAACCUGGUCCAGUUUGAGCUGAAGCCAGGAGUUCAAGUCAUUGUGUAUGUGACACAGCUGACAUUAGCUCCGUUGGUGGACUCCAGUGCUGGGCACAGCAGCUCAGCCAUGCUUAUGCUCUUGUCAGUGGUGUUUGUUGGCUUAGCUGUGUUUUUGAUCUACAAGUUUAAAAGGAAAAUCCCCUGGAUUAACGUCUAUGCUCAAGUCCAACAUGACAAGGAGCAGGAGAUGAUUGGGUCAGUGAGCCAAAGUGAAAACGCCCCCAAAAUCACACUCAGUGACUUCACCGAGCCUGAGGAACUGCUGGACAAAGAGCUGGACACCCGGGCCAUAGGAGGCAUUGCCACCAUUGCAAACAGCGAAAGCACAAAGGAGAUCCCCAACUGCACUAGUGUUUAAUACCAACAAGCCUCGUGGUCAACCAUCUUUCUGACUUUUUAUUUUUGAUGAUUACUAUUACUAUUAUUAUGGGAAAAUGAAAAUGUCUUUUUUACCUUUUGUUUACCAAGGGCCCCUUCAUAAAUAGCAGGCAGAUGCUUAGCUUUGGGAGGCAGAGGCGUUCUUAGCUGAUGAAAAUGAGACAAAAAGAGUAAAUGGCUGUAUUUGUGCUAAGGGCAAAGGAUGCAUCUUCCCAUGGCCUUCUUUCUUUAUUCUGCCAUGGAUAACGCAAGGACUCUCUUUUUCCUUGUGGCCUCUCUUUUUAUUUUUUAAGUUGGAUUGGCUUUUCAUUAACCCCGCCCCCCCUCCAAAAAUCACCCAAAUACCGCCCAGCACACACACCUAAAACACGAAUCAUUUCCCAGUUAGAUCUGCAGGAGCUAGGUUGGUGGGGAGUGAAUGUAGCUGCAGGAAGUGUGCACACCUAUGUGAAAGAGGCCCUGCCUCGUGCAUGUCACUAGCGAGGCUACA